UCUGGGUUUUGGAUAUCUCGUCGGUAGAGAUCAUAGAGAGAAAGGAGAGAGAGAGAAUGGGGGAGAGAGAAGGGAUGGAGAUAAAUUACAGCUAAACAAAUAUUCAAAGGGAAAUUUUGUUGUCGGAUUGGAGAUUUGGAAGAAACAAAGAGCAGCAUAAGCUUUGGGACCGGGAUCACUGAGACGCUUUUCAAAGUUCUUCGAUCUUCUCGAUGUCGGACGCCAGCGGAUUCUGAGUUUUUCCCGACGAUCUAUUGCUCAGGCGAGAAUCUAGUGAAUCUGAUGCAUUUAUAGCGCAAUUUUUUCUUUCGGAGGUGAGCCGGACGGUUUUCGGUCCGAAUUUCAUCGAAAGGUUUUUAAUGACAGCUUUGGGCGCAAUUUGGCAAUAGUUUUGUCUCCGAUUUCGGCGACGUUCGUGCGUUUGGCUGGUUUUCCUUCGAAUCUUUCUUUCGUUGGUUUCAUGAUUACAUGGGAUUUGCUCAUGGAGAAGAAGCAAAUGUUUGCACGAGGCUAAUGGUUUUCCUAAUCUUAAAUUCAAUAAAUAUUGAUAUUGAUACUUUAAUUGGCGUAUCAAUAGAAAUUUUAAAACUUCCAUGAUCAGGUUAAUAGGCUUCCUCUUUUGGAUCUAAUUCUUUUUUCUUAAACCUUGCGGAUUCCUUCCAGGCGCUAGAUUGCGCGAUCCCUUGAGGGAUUUGUGUUAAAUUUCCUUCCUUUAUCCUCGCCUGGGAAAUUUUUUUUUCUUAUGGGCGCAGGAAGUUGUGUGCAGAAGCAGAUAUUAUCUAAUCUAGGCUGAUUCAUCUUCAAACAUGGCUUGAUCUAAUAUCACUCAAAGUGCUUUAAGUUUCAUUUCUUGGUCUGAAAAUGGGAUUCUGUAAGCAGUGUUGAUAGCAAAACUGCAAGUUCUGCUGUAUAUCUUGUUAACAUGAGUGUCUAAGACAUGGUGCUGCAGAGGAAACUAGACUAUAGAGUCAAUGGCUAUCAUUUUCCUUCAUUUCCUCAUGUCCCUGUAUCAGCAAAGGGCAAGAGAUCUGUUAGAAAGAGGAAUCUGGGAAAUCGGAUAUGUGCAUUCGACUUGCUUGCAGCUGUGGCAGGAAAGUUACUUGAGAAAGAUAACUCCUCAGCUAUUUGUGAUGUUCCAGGAUCCUCAAUAUCUGAUUCUAAGAAGGAGAUAUUUAAUGAACUGAAGAUAUGCAAUGAUGAGUUUCCUGUUCAGGAUAGCCACCCUAAGGCGAGUAAAGUAACUAGUGGCUUCAUCUUGGAGCAGAAAACCUCUUCUUGGAAGGAACACUCAAUGACUCUGAAAUUGUUAGAAAAUUCUUUAGUUUCCCUGUGUUCUGGCUCAUCAAAUGAGGACGUUAUGGGAGAAAGAGGAUCUUCUAUUUCUGGUGAAGUAGGUAUAGAACCUGCUAUAGCUGGAAAUUGUAAGGCAACUCAUUCACUUGAGCGUCGAGUAUACAAAGCUGUAACAGAUGGAAAUCCUUCAAGCUGUUAUAACUUAGAUGGUUCAGUUGAAUCUGAUGCUAAGCCUCCUUUAAUUAGGUGUGAGAGCAGCAUGAAGGUUCACAUUUCUAGGGAUAAUGAUCCCUACAGUAGUUCUUUCCCCAAUUCUUGGGAUGGUUUCGAACUACCUGUAAAUAGUGAUGAUGACGAAAACUCUUCCCGGUGCGCUCAUCCUUGCACCACUACUAUUAAGGCUUCAAAGCCACAUUUAGGAGAGCAUAGGUAUAGAAAGCAUUCGACAAGCAGGUGCUGGAAAGUAGAUCUGGGUGAUGCAAAACAUAGCGAGCUUUCUAAAUCUGAUGCAGCUACUAAGGACCUUUACAAAUAUAAGUUCCGGAGUCAUCCAUUUGCUUGCUCGUUUGAUAAGAUCGAGUUUGUUCAUCCUAGCACGAUCUCAAAAUUCUGGAAAAAUAGUUACACACGCCAAAGGACUCGAAGGAUUUCUUUUAAAAGGAAGCUGUUCAACGGAUACUCGGUAACAGCAUCUCACAAAGGGCUUAAUAGAGCUGGUGUUUUGAACCUUUUUAAAAAAAAAGAGAUUUUAGAAGGAAGUAAUUCGGCAGCUUUGCAUGGAGUAAAUCGGAUACGCUCCAACAUCGCAGAGCAACUAUCAUCCCACACGCCAGAAGAUUUCCACGUAAAACUCAGUAUCAAGUCUUUCAUGGUUCCCGAGCUUUUCAUUGAAAUUCCUGAAACUGCGACUGUUGGUUCUUUAAAGCGGACAGUUAUGGAGGCAAUAACUGCAAUUAUUGGGAGUGGAUUGCAUGUGGGUGUUCUUCUCCAGGGAAAGAACGUCAGAGAUGAUGAUAGAACUUUAAUUCAGGCUGGAAUCUCGCAUGCUAAUGAAUUAGAUGAAUUGAGUUUUACACUGGAGCCGAAUUCUGGCUUCUCCCCCUCAAGAUGCUCAAAUACUGGGAAGCCAUACUUCGUUCUUCCAUGUGAUAGUACCGAGCCACUGACUAGGCUUCAAGCUGGACCUUCAUUAGAUCAGGGGAAAAAUGAUUCCAGCGCAUAUCAUGCAUUGACUUCUACAAUUAUCUGUCACGAAAGUAAUCGUAACUCAGUUCACUCUCUAUUAGAUGCGCCUUUGGUGGAUAAAAUAGCAUCUUCCCAGGCACUUCUUGCCAAUCCAGCGACAAGUGUUGAGGCACUGUCAGUUGUUCCUGCGGAUAAGCCUAGACGUUCUGAGCUUGUGCAGCGAAGAAUCCGGAGACCUUUCACAGUUUCUGAAGUGGAGGCACUUGUCAUGGCAGUUGAAAAGCUUGGAACUGGAAGGUGGCGAGAUGUUAAGAUUCAGUCUUUUGAUAAUGCAAUACAUCGCACUUACGUUGAUUUGAAGGACAAGUGGAAGACAUUGGUGCACACAGCGAGAAUCUCCCCUCAGCACAGAAGGGGAGAACCUGUCCCUCAAGAAUUACUGGACAGGGUUCUCCUUGCUCAUUCUUACUGGUCCCAGCGGCAGGCGAAGCUUCAGGCGAAAACAUCUUCGAUAUCUUCGCCUGAAGCUUGUCUGGGACUGUUAUCUGAAGUUACCAUUAAUUAACAGCAGAUAGUGCGAUCCAUGUAAAAAAUUCUACAAGUACAGGUAAACAUUUAUUUGAAGAUAUUGGUUAAGGCAAUAAUAGGUUAUGUUUCUGUAAUUUUCUGUAACAGACAACAUAAUUCUUGAAAGCCAGGCGUCCUACUCUUUGUGAAUUCCCUAAAGGAGAGGGCUUUCUUGGUGCUUGUACAUGAUUUUAGUUGGGAGAUUUACUUAAAAUAAGUCUGCUAUUCUGACAGUC